AUGGCAACCACCCUUGAACAACCCGCGCCCGUCGAACGCGUUACCCUCGGCCGCUCCCGGUCUGCCCGCCUAGCGGAUCAAGCUAACGCAACACCAUUCACAGCUGCAACAGCCGCUCUCUAUGUAACUCAUCCAGAGCGUAAAUUAUCUGUUCGUGAGCCCUCGACAGCUGAAACUGAACUGGCCACCUUGAAGGCGACGGGCUCCCGCCCCGGGUUCAGUCAUGCAUCUGCAGUAGCCGCUCUCGCUCACGCCCAAUCCAAAGGAUGGGGGACAAAAGGUGCAGCUACAACACAGCACGUGGAAGACAAGCGCACAUCCGAGGUGCCAAGCCUGGAAGGCUACAAGGCUGCGGCCUUCGUUCUCAGGGACCGUCGGUCGAUUGUCAGCUCAUCCACUGGGCCUUCAGACCUCAAGUAUGACUCGUCCGGAGCUGGUCAGACGAUCGAAUCACGUUCCGGUACAACAGGCCGAGAUAGGACGCGUUAUGCGGUAACCGGUGCUUUAUAUGCUAACCGAAGGAGAGCUGACUCCGCCCCGUCAGAGGCGCCUCACGUGGGAAUGGACACGAGCGACGUCCUUGGAGACCUUGACAAUGCCAAUGAAGCUAGUAGGAUCCAGCACAUUGCCAACACCAAUGCGCGGCUUUACACUGCCUCCCCACCCGUCGCACCAGAGCUCGACGAUUACAAACGGAAGAGCAUCCUGCAGGCCGCAGCAGUCUCUAUGGCGCGUGACAUGUAUGCGGUCGUCGAGGCCAAGGACCAGGGUCCCAUCAACCCCAGUCGCAUGCGCUCCCAGCGAACAGCGACGGGGGCAGAGCCGAUGAUUCUGCAACAAGCUUUUAGCUUACAAGAUGCCGCGGAGAAGCGGGCGGCGGAGAAGUUGGCCAGCAUGCAGGACGAGGCGGCCAUCUACCGCGAAUACUACGGAAUCGAGCCCCAAACAACGCGCUCUAGCUUGCAGGUCCGUAGACGAAGGCUAUCAAUUGAUAGUGAUGCUUCUUCGGUUGACGCAGAGCGGUCGAAGGAGAUCAGAAGCCAGAUGUAUAGCCUGCGUACAAAGCUCGAUGCGGUGGAUGAGCGCAGAGAAAAGGACCGCGCGCUCCUGAUGGAGGCUGCGAGGAGGAACGUCGAUGCUACCAUCCAAGAUAUGGAAAUGCGUGUUUAUGCGGAGACAGGACGCGCCCCAGCCGCCAUGCAGAAGGAACUGGAGGAAACCGCCUUACUUCGCGCAAAGGAGAGACAGGAGACAGACGUGCAGUACCAGUUCGCCGACCGCGUCAAUAUCAGCUCUCAAAAAUACGUCGACAUGGCAGAUGUGGAGGCUCUCGCUCGUUCCCGAUUGCAACCCACCUUUGAUGAAAUCACGGACCGUGCGGAAACGAAACGGGCCAGGGAGAUAGAGCAGCGUCUUGAUCAGGAAGAGGCUGAGAGACGGGAAGCCAUCCAACGCGAACGAGAUGCUGACACAAGGGCAGAAGAAAGACGCAUGAGAGCUUCUUUGAGAACCGACUCCAAGUACAAAGAGGAGAAAGCCCGGUUGUGGAGCCGCAAGUCGAAGCGCACCUCCGACAACGAAACCUAUACGCUAACUGGGGCUGUCGACGGAGCUGCAGAUGAGGCACGCGCUGAGACUGCGCCGCAACAAACGUCCGCUGGAGGCGCGCAGGGGGCAAUUGCAGGUGCUGUUACGGAGACUGCCCCCGGCGAAACCAUUGCGAAAUCCGAGUCUAAGCUGAGAUCAUGGUUCAAGGGACGGCUGGGUCGUCGUCCGAGUGGACCUGCAGCAGGCGAAGCUACGAAGUCAGGCAAGGACACUCUGGAAGUGGUCCCUUCAAUGGAAACAGGGCCAGCGGCAGAACAGCCAGAGGCUCAAGUGAGUGAAGCGACAGAACAGCAGCCAGAGACCCGGGCAGUCGAAGCCACAGAGCAGCAGCCAGAGACCCGGGCAGUCGAAGCCACAGAGCAGCAGCCGGAGACCCGGGCAGUCGAAGAGACGGAACAACAGCCGGAACCCCAAGCAGUUGAGAGGGUGGAAACACAGGAAGCCCGAGAGAUCCCAAGAGCCGAGCCAGUACAGAAAUCGAAAGACGAAGACGGGCGAGCUUGGGAUAUAGCUCAUCCAGAAGAGAAGGAACCCGAAGUUCCCGAGCUACCGGCUGCGCCUGUUGGCCCUGAAGAAUCUGAACAGGCAGCUGCCGAGGACGACUCGCGAGGGGCAGCGCUUCGAUCCCAUCCAGUGACGGCCAAUGAUCUUCGCGUUAUGGGAAAAAGGAUGUCGGUCAGCGAAGGCCAGGAUGAGAAGGAAGCUGUCAGCCAGGCAGGUCAGGAAUCCGCUGGAGAUAGGCGUAGUCGUCUCGUGAGUGGGUUCAAGAAGAUCGUUUCUAAGGGCUCGUCGGAGGGCAAGGCCGAAGGGAUUGGCAGCAAUGAUAUUGCUCGUCGAAGCUCGCAGGCCAUCCCCACUCCGGGGGUGGAGACGGAGGAACGGCGUGCAAGCGCGGCGGAACAAGGCCUGUCUGUCCCAACAGUUCGGGGAAAGCGAGCGAGCAGCGGGACGGGGCGGGAGUCAAGGUUCUCGGAGAAGUUGUGA